AUGAGCGUCUCUCGCUUUGAUGCCCCAGAGCUCUUCUUCAUCAUCAUCAUCAUCAUCUUGGUUCACCCUCUUUCUCGUUUCCUCUCUCUCUCUCUCUUCCCCUUUUUCUCUCACAGGACCUGUGAAGGGCAGAAUAUCAAAUAUCGUACAUGCAGUAACGUGGACUGCCCUCCAGAGGCCGCAGACUUCCGGGCGCAGCAGUGCUCGGCGCACGCGGACGUGCGCUACCAGGGCCAGUACCACGAGUGGCUGCCCGUGGACAACGACCCUGACAACCCCUGCGCCCUGAAGUGCCUGGCCCAGGGGUCCGGGCUGCUGGUGGAGCUGGCCCCCAAGGUGCUGGACGGGACGCGCUGCUACACCGAGUCCCUGGACAUGUGCAUCAGCGGCGCCUGCCAGAUUGUCGGCUGUGAUCAUGAGCUGGGCAGCGCUGCCAAGGAGGACAACUGCGGCGUUUGCAACGGAGACGGUUCGUCCUGCCGGUUGGUCCGCGGACACUACAAGUCCCAGCAUGCCUCUGGAAAAACGGAGGACACGGUGGUGGUCAUCCCCUACCGGAGUCGCCACGUCAGACUGGUCCUCAAAGGUCCGGAUAGCUUGUACAUCGAGAGCAAGACGCUCCAAGGGGUGAAAGGAGAGCUUUCCCUGGAGGCGUCGGGUCAGCAGCGUCUGGAGAACACCACCCUGGACUACCAGAAGCACCCGGACAAGGCCGUCAUGAGGAUCGCUGGGCCCCUGGGGGCCGACUUCACGGUCAAAGUCCAGGACGCGGGCGGCGGGGCGGCGGACAGCGUGGUCCAGUACAUCUUCUACCAGCCCAUCGUCCACCGCUGGCGGGAGACGGACUUCUUCCCCUGCUCUGUGAGCUGCGGCGGGGGCUACCAGCUGACCUCGGCCGAGUGCUUCGACCUCCGCAGCGAGCGUGUGGUGGUGGACCAGUACUGCCACUACUACCCCGAGAACGUCAAGCCCAAGCCCAAGCUGCGCGAGUGCAACAUGGACCCCUGCAUGGCCAGUGACGGAUACAAGCAGAUAAUGCCCUACGACCUCUACCAUCCCCUCCCACGGUGGGAGAGCAGCCCCUGGACGGCGUGCUCGGCCUCGUGCGGGGGGGGCCUUCAGAGCCGCGCGGUCUCCUGCGUGGAGGAGGACCUCCAGGGCGUCGUCACGGCGACCGAGGAGUGGAAGUGCCUGUACGUGCCCAAGGCCGCCGUCAUGCAGCCCUGCAACGCCUUCCACUGCCCCACCUGGCUGGCCCAGGACUGGUCCCCGUGCACGGUGACGUGCGCAGGCCUGCGCUACCGGGUGGUGCUGUGCAUCGACCACCGGGGGCUCCACGCCGGAGGGUGUAGCUCCACCACCAAGCCCCACAUCAAGGAGGGCUGCCUGGUGACGGUGCCCUGCUACCGGCCCCUGGGUGAGUCCCGCCGAGCCCCUCCUCCGCCGCCGUGGACGUCGGCGGCAGCACGGGCCCCGUGCACCGGGGGCGGAGCCUGGGACGAGGACGAGGACGAAGACGAGGAGGAGGAGGAGGAGGAGGCGAGAGAGGAGCUCCACGACUGGGAGUACGACGGUUUCAGCGAGUGCUCUGAGAGCUGUGGCGGAGGCCUGCAGGAGGCGGUGGUCAUCUGUCUGAACAAGCAGACGCGGGAACCCGCCGAGCAGAGGGUGUGUGUGAGCUCCCGCCGCCCCCCCCAGCUCCUCCAGGACUGCAACACACAGCCCUGCCCACCCAGGUGGCAGACGGGGCAGUGGAGCUCCUGCUCGGCGACCUGCGGCGUGGGCCUGAAGACGCGGGCCGUGGCCUGUACCCACCGGCCCGCCCGCGGCAGCAACGCCACCAGGGCCGUGCGGGACGAGGAGUGCCCCCCCUCCAAGCCCGUCCCGGUGCAGGCCUGCAACCGCUUUGACUGCCCCCCCUCCUGGGACCCCCUGGAGUGGGAGAAGUGCUCCCGUAGCUGCGGCGGGGGCGGCGUCCAGCUCAGGGAGGUGGUGUGCAGGCAGCAUCUGGCCGACGGCAGUGCCCUGCCUCUGCACGAAUCCUUCUGCCCGUCCACAGUGCCCGGGAGCCAGCAGCCCUGCGCCAGCCAGGACUGCCCGCCCCAGUGGCUGACCGGGGUCUGGUCCCAGUGCUCGGUGAGCUGUGGCAGGGGCCUCCAGAGGGUGGAGCCGGUGUGCGUCACGCAGCGAGAGGACGGCAGCGCUCAGACCCUCGCCCAGGACGCCUGCCUCACGGCCCCCCGGCCAGCCGGCGUCCGGACGUGCACCAUGAGGCCCUGCGACGAGACCACCCGGCUGGAGAUGGCCAAGCCGGAGCCCGCCAUCCUGGCUCAGAGCCGGGUCUACAUCCAGCGGAGGAAGGGCAAGAAGCUGCAGCUGGUGGUGGGCGGCUACGCCUACCUGCUCCCCUGGACGUCGGUGGUGCUCCGCUGCCCCACGCGCCGCUUCGGCAAGGGCCGCGUCCAGUGGCUGAAGGACGGCCGCCCGCUGGCCGCCCUGCCCCACCUCUCCCUCACCGCCCCCGGACACCUCAAGAUCCACCAGCUGGACGCCGCCGACGUGGGCGUGUACACCUGCGUGGCGGGCACGGCCCGAGAGAGCUUCGUGCUCAAGGUCAUCGGCAGCAAGCAGAAGCCGUCCUGGCCGGGCGCCGGGGGGGCGUGGCUCCGCGGCGUCGGCGGCGGUCCGGGGCGGAAGAGCGGCGGGCCGGACGCGCCGGAGAUCCCGCGGGAGCUGCGCGACGCCUUCGGGCGCUACGACGACGUGGCGCGGCGGCUGCUCGACUUCAAGGCGCCCGCGACGCCGUCCGGCGAGAGGAGCGGGAACGGGUCGGCGCCGGGGGGCGUGGCGACGGCGGCCAGAGGGCCGUCCGACCCGGCGCUGCUCGUCGCCGAGACGAAGACGCUGGACGCGGUCGUCCAGAGACUCUCGGAGGGCCUCCGGGGGCCCCAGGAGGAGCUCCUCGUGGCCCGGCUGCUGGGCGAGAUGAGCGCCGCGCGAGGGGACACCAACGAGUCCACGCUGCACCCUCUGGAGCGGCCAGAGGCCUCCCCCUCCGCGGGGGGGUCUCUGCCGUACAGGCCCGGCGGCAGGGCCCACACCCCCAGACCCAGGGCCCCGGUCUUCCUCCAGCGGCCCGGGGCGGCGGGCGCGGCGGGGGCCUCGGAGGUGAGCGUGCAGGCGGGGGCACCGGUGACGCUGCAGGGGCGGGUCGACAGCCUGGAGGUGAGGUGCGAGGCCGCGGGGCACCCGGCCCCGAGCCUCAGCUGGACCCGGGACGGCCGAGUGAUCAGCGCCGACGCCAGGGUGGAGCUGCUGCCGACGGGAUCCCUCCGGCUCCUGUCCCCGGGCCGGGAGGAUGAGGGGCUGUACACCUGCACCGCCUCCAACCGCCACGGCACCACCUCCGCCGCCACACGCCUACACAUCUCAGGUCCAGGUUGUCUCCAUGGAAACGGUGGCACGGCGACAGACGGCUCCAUCUGCCCCGACUCAACCGACAGCAGCAAGGUGUCUGAGCUCUGUCAUGGACAAGCCUGCCCCCUCAGGUGGCGGGUGGACGGCUGGUCGACCUGCUCCGCUAGUUGUGGAGGGGGCACCCAGGGCAGGAGGGUGACCUGCGUGGGCGGCCCGGACCGGAAGCCCCUGGAGCUGGAGAGCCAGCGCUGCUCCUCCGCGGGGAGGACGCCGCCUGCCGAUACGAAGCCCUGCAGCCUGCAGCCCUGUGUGGGGUGGACCUCCGGCCACUGGGGGGCGUGCCACGGUCACUGCGUGGGACCCAGCCUGGCCACUCAGCGGCGCACGGUACACUGCCAGGACUCCAACGCCACCCGGGUGCCGAGCAGACUGUGUCCCGGGCCGCAGAGACCGAGCUCUCUGAGGAACUGCUCGUCGGAGGCCUGCGCGCUGCACUGGCGCACCGGCCCCUGGACCCAGUGCACCGCUACCUGCGGUCGCCAUGGUUUCCAGUCCCGCCACGUGACGUGCGCGGACCCCAAGACGGGCCGCGGCAGCCGGGACCACCAGUGCUCCUGGAGGCCCCGCCCCCCCGGCUGGCAGCGCUGCAACCUGACACCGUGCGGACGAGCGGAGGAGUGCCGUGACAGCACGCGCUACUGCGAGAAGGUCCACCAGCUCCAGCUCUGUGUCCUCCCCCAGUUCAAAACCCGCUGCUGCCAGUCCUGCCGAGACGCGCCCGGAGACACGCCCGGAGACACGCCCCGAGACAUGCCCCGAGACACGCCCCGAGACACGCCCCGAGACACGCCCCGAGACACGCCCCGAGACACGCCCCGAGACACACCCGGAGACCCUGGACACUGGAGGACGCCCGCCCAAUGACAACGAUGAUGACCACUGGUCACACACCGGCUGGGUGAGGGGGAGGACUGGACUGGACUGGACCGUGGCCCACUCCAGGCUGGGUGAGGGGGAGGACUGUCCUGGACUGGACCGUGGCCCACUCCAGGCUGGGUGAGGGGGAGGACUGUCCUGGACUGGACCGUGGCCCACUCCAGGCUGGGUGAGGGGGAGGACUGUACUGGACUGGACCGUGGCCCACUCCAGGACUCGAGGACGUUGGUGUAGCCUUGGCAACAAAGCCUUCAGUUUAUUUAUUGUGUUUUCUUUUUAAAUCUAACUGGAGUUCAUGACCCUUGCUUUUCGAGGCCAGAAGCGACCUGGAGGGGUUUUAUGGGGGGGGGGGUAACUUAAUAACGAUGGCUUCCUAACGGACAGCUGUGUUGAACUGCCUUUGUAUGCUACUCUAUGCCAAAUUCACAACCCGUGUUUCACAGAGCCACUGGAGUUUGAAAUGUCCCAUUUUGACAAAGUAUCGUUUAAAUAGUAAGGAGAAUCCAUUGGGUGUGCUAACAGGAGAAUGCCAUGCCAAAGAGCCUUUCAAAAAGAGAAAGGCAUGUUAUGUAGUUUGCACGACCUGCUUAAAGACAUUUUCUUUAAACCAUUCAGGUAAAAAAAUACAAUCCCCCAAGAUGAAACCUCGCAAUUUCUGUUCUGGUAUCUUCAUUGGACGAAAUGGGUUUCCAUCAUAUUGCACUACUAUGAGACACAACUUCUUUAGGGAACAAGAAAAUCAGACUUUUGCACUCGAAACUCCAAGUCUAUGUGAGGGACAUGGCUUGGUGAGUUGUUGUUUUUUUAUCUCCUCUUUGUUGUUAUUAAAUGUUGCAUUUGGAUGUUUUAUUUUUCUUCUUUUCUGACAUGAUUUGGUGACUUUAGCCAAACUGUUGGAAUGUUCCUUUAACCACUUUGACUCUGUGACAUAUCUGAACUCAAGGCCAAGCAAAGUCUUUGCUUCUACCAAACCCUCCUGCUACCAAAGAAACAUACUAUAGUAUGAUUUAUAUUAUAGUGAUACUACUAAAAUAGAAAAUACUAACUUGACACAGGCUGAUUGUUGUAUCAGAAAUAACCUGAGCAAAUAACCUUUUGAACCUGUUUUUUUAUUGGGCCACGUUAACAUUACUGGCCAAAUGGUAACACUUUACAAUAAGGGAACAUUAAUUAACCAUUAAUAAACAUGUGUUAAUGCAGCAAUACGCAUUAUUAUAUAUACAAUUAGCAUAUGUGUUAGGGUUAGUGGGUUUAAAUAAUGUAUUAUUGAAUACGUUAGAUGAUGCAAACACCAUUAAUGAAUUAUUACUUAUAAGCUAACUGUUAAUUAGCUGUUAGAUAAUGCUUAUUACCAUAUGAACUAAUGGUAAUUAGGGGUUAUUUAAUGUGGCCCCUUGUCAAGGGGUAUUGGCAAUUUUACCUGAAUAAGUACAGCUGAUACAGAUCAGAUGGGAACGUUGUGAGUCAAAGAUCGGGCGUGUUCAUGUGCAGCCCUAGACUCAACAAAGACCUCCCUGAUCUCUGCAUACUAACCUUCUAAGGAAAUCGAAGGAAGAAAUCUGGAAAUUUAGUGUUAUUGGGCCGGUAAUGUGUACAUUGACUAAUAGAUGAGUCAACAUGGCCACUGUAAAAUAAAGUGUGAUCUGGGUAGAAACCUUUUUUGUUAAUUUAUUAACUGUAAAUGACUGCUGGGUUUGCACUUCGAGCCUUCGUCUUAUGUCCUCAGCAAAUGUCCCCCGUUCAUCAACCGCAGGAACAGUAUCUUCAGUAGAAAAUAAGGUCAUUAGCAAGUAACGUUUUAAAAUGGGAUCAAAGCCCUGUUACAGCUUUUAGUCUUUAAAAGCUCAAACUUGUCAACCUUUCACGACUCCUUUCAAAAAAUAAUUUCAUUCAGUGUUUGAUCUAUAAUCUUAAACAAUUUAUAUCACGCUAUUGUAGUUUACACAAACAAGAUUUUGUUCUUUGGAAGUUAGGCGGCUUUCAUCAAGAACAAUGAUGAGUGAUGUAGAUAUGACAUGUUUGUUUAUUCAAUGUUUGCUGAAGAUAAGAUGUUUUUUUCUUUGAACUAUUUAUUUCCGUGUGUUGUUGUGGAACUGAGUUUUCUUUUUGUUGUAAAUACUACAAGGCUUGGAUGUUACUGAUAAUUUGCUCCCAGGUAAUACUAUUCAACGUGCAUGAAAUUGGGGCCCUCUACUGGUGAAGUGAUAUGUUGUCUUUCCAUGCAAGUGCCUGGUUAUUCACUAGACAAUAAAAUGAAAUACAUUCCUUCAACAA